UGUUCAAGUUUGACUAGAACUAGUAAUGUUGUUUUAGCUUUCAGUGUAAAAAAGCAAAGCGGGAAAAGCACAGCAGAACAGAAGAAGAGAGAAAAUCUAGGGCACACUUCACUUCCCUAAAGAAAGCGAGGGGAUUUUGGAUUUCUGUGUAAAGAGGAGCUGCAUAAUUGAUUAUAUAAGAUGUCCGGAAGGAAAGAAACAGUAUUGGAUUUGGCUAAGUUUGUGGACAAGGGUGUUCAAGUCAAGCUCACUGGUGGUAGACAAGUGACUGGGACUUUGAAGGGAUACGAUCAAUUGCUAAACCUUGUCCUGGAUGAAGCAGUAGAAUUUCUAAGAGAUGCUGAUGAUCCACUAAAGACCACUGACCAGACAAGGCGCCUUGGCCUGAUUGUUUGCAGGGGAACUGCAGUGAUGCUGGUGUCACCAACUGAUGGUACAGAUGAGAUUGCCAACCCUUUUGUCCAGCCAGAUGGAGCCUAGUUAUAUCAUUGUUUAUAUUCAAAGCCGCUAAGUUUGAAUCUCGAUGCUCUUUUGGCUUGCUUCUCAUUCUAAUUUUGAGAAAUUGCCACGCUACUGGGUAGGGAGUUCGUGGUGAGCUUUUGUUAAGUCUACCCGUGCUCUUGAUUUGUUUUUUUUUUUUUUUUUUUUUUUCAAUCUUCAACGAACUCGAAUGGUAAAACUGUUAUCUCGCCCUGUUACUUAGUUGGCUGAGUUGACUAAGAUACCGUAUAUUGCACGCAGUAGUUAGUUGUGCUUACCAAGUUAUCCAUCCUUCUUACCCAGAAAAGGACAGUGAAAAAUAUGUGAAGUGUGUGUUAUUGAAAUCCUUGAUGUUAUUUUAAUCCAGUUGAAACAUGAAAAGCUGUUGAUUUUUUGUGUCGUAA